AUGGUGCACGACGUCCCGCUGAAAGAAGCCAUCAAACAAGAAAACUCACCCGGCUCGGAGUCGAAGUUCACGUUCUUUGUGGGCCCUGGCAACAACAGCGAGCUAGUGCGAAAGACUCUUGAGAGGCGACCAUGGCAAGCGCUUGCUAGUCACGUGGUCAGGAUGAUGAAUGUGUUGCAGGUGCGACAGCGGUCAGUCGCAGAGUGGGUGAGGAGGAUGGGAAACAAACAAUACCUGAACCAUCUUGACGGACUGACGUGCAUCGGGAGGAAGAACGAGCUGUAUUUCAACCUGAAAUCAUACUGGAAAAUUAACGUGCAUGAGAUUGCUCCGCCGACUUUUGUGAUAUCAGUGGGAGAAGCAUGUCCGGAGUAUGCCGAGUUCUGCAAGGUGUGCAAGCAGCUGGAUAGCAAGCUGAAGGGGCAAGGAGCCUCUCAAAGCUCGGCGAAGAUCUCGAAAGGAAAUGACAAGGCAGGAAAGGAUGGGGCUGGGAGUGGUGAAAACCAUCCCGACAGCCUCUCAGCUGCGAGUACCGAUGAGCCAGGCAGCGAGUCAGCGUCCAGGACUGCUUCUUCCUCCAAGACGGGGUCGAAGGCAAGCAUGAAGUCUCCGAGCAAGUCGAGUCACUCCAAGGUGAAACCAACCAACAACAACAGAGGGAAUGGAAUCCGAGUCUUCCGAGGCUUCAGCGAUGUCGACACCCACCUGAAGAAGAAGCAAGUAGGCAGCCAGGUGAUCGUGCAGAAGUACAUUGAGCGGCCGCUGCUGUACAAGGGAAGAAAGUUUGACAUUCGCUGCCUCGUCCUUGUUGACAACAAUAUGAAUGUCGAUGGCUCCGACAUGUGGGACAAGGUCUACCCAGUGGAUUCUAACAAGGACAAGAAGCACUUUCUCCAUCCUCUCGUCCUCGUUGCUGAUCUUUCUUUCCUUUCACAGUAUCCCCUCACUUUCCUCACGAUGGAGGCAGCAGAGGCAGAGGCCCUGCUAGGAGCUCUCCUCCUCCCUCAGAACGAUGGGAUCAAGGCAGCAGAACAGCGUCUCAAAGCUGUUUCUUCCUCUCCGUCCUACACGAUCCUCCUCAUUGAUCGCGCCAUGUCUUCUCCUUCCCCUCAGAUUCGUCAGCUUGCUGCAGUGCUUGCCCGCCGCAAGUGCAUCCGCCAUUGGGACAUGAUGGGAGACGAGGAUCGCGGUAGGGUCAGGAGCAUGCUGGAGCACAUGCUCGCACACGAGCCUGAGCACCUUGUGAGGCGAAGCAUCGCCGAGCUCGUGUCCUCCAUAGCCAAGCUUGCAGUCCCUGCAGGGCAGUGGACGGGGCUGCUGCAGUUCCUCCUGGAAGCGAGCGAGAGCGAUAAGAGCGAGCACAGGGAGGUCGCGCUCAUGGUGUUCUCCUCCCUGACCGACAGCAUCGGCAGCCAGCUGCGCCCGCACUUCCAGCAGCUCGUCCGCAUCUUCCUCAGAGGCAUGAGCGAUGCUGCGGCUCCCGUGAGGAUGGCGGCACUGGCAGCGGCAGGGAACCUCAUUCAGUGGUUGGAGAGCGGGCAAGAGAAGGCGAUGGGAGCAGAGAUGGUGCCGUCGGUGCUUCAGGUCACUCAGCACUGCAUCGAGGUCGGGGAGGAGGAGACGGCGCUGCAGGCAGUCGAGAUGCUCACAGAGACGAUCGACAGCAACUUUGAGCUGUUGGAGGGUCACCUGGCAACGCUGGUGAAGUUCAUGCUGGAUGUGUCCUGUGCGAAGGAUCGGGUGGAGGUGGCGGUGCGGGAAAAAGCGAUGAUGUUUGUGACGGAGCUGUGCGGUCAGAAGGCGAAGCUGCUGAAGAAGAAGCAUAUGAUCCCGAUGAUCUUGCAGGCGACCUUCACGCUGGCGAGCGAGGGAGGGGAGGAGGAGGAUGAGGACGCGGACGAGGAGCCAGUCUUCAAGUUCGGGACGGUAGCGCUAGACGUCCUGUCGCAGCAGCUGUCCUCCCGCGUCAUCGUUCCCCAGGUCAUGUCGCAUGUGAUGGCCAACGUGUCGAGCCCGGACAAGUUCAAGAGGAGAGGAGCACUCUACAUCCUCGGAGUCUGCGCAGAGGGCUGUUCGGAGAGCUACGUGGAGCAGCUGGAUACCAUCCUGCCGUGGCUGCUGCAGGGGCUAGGGGAUCAGGAGAAGGUAGUGAAGGAGCACGCGUGCUGGGCGCUGGUGCAGUGCGCUGAGUUCUGUCAGCCUGAGAUCAUGGAGCACUACGAACAAGUUCUGCCAGGCAUCUUCCGAACGCUGCAGGAGGAGGCGGCGCCCAACGUGAGGAGGGGAGCUAUGUUCGCCCUCGACGCCUUCUGCGAGAACCUCGGGGAGGAGCUGGAGCCGUACCUCGAGGAGCUGAUGAGAAAGAUGCUCGAACUGCUGCACGGGGACUCGCUCGAGAUCCGCGAGCUUGCCAUCUCCGCCAUCGCCAGCGCUGCCGGCUCGUCCGGGGAGAAGUUCGUGCCCUACUACCCGCCCGUCAUGCAGCAGGUCCUGCAGCUGAUGCACCUGACGGAGGAUGAUGCGCUGUCCCUACGAGCGCGCGCGACCGAGUGCGGGGCCGUGAUGGCGGUGACGGUGGGCAAGGAGAAGUUUGCGGGGGACAGCGUCAUGUUCGUCCAGCUGGCGAUGGCUGGGCUGCAGCUGGACUCGAACGAGCUGAGAGAGUACACCUACGGGGCGUUUGCGAACCUUGCUGGGGUGCUGCAGGAGGAGAUGCUGCCGCUGCUCCCGUCGCUGCUCCCCAAGAUGAUCGAGUCGAUCGAGUCGGAGGAUGGGGUGACGGAGGUGGAGGAGGAUGGGGCUCCGAGCCUGCGGGGGAUCGUGUCCCCGGACAGUGACGAUGAGGACGAGAGUGACCCCAAGGCCCUCGCCGUGCGAACAGCCUGGCUGGAUGAGAAGGUUCUCAUUGAUGCGGUUGCGGAUCUUCUUGGAGUUGUUGCGUCCGUUUAUGGCCAAGAAUUCAGGUAA